AAUUUAAAUUUCUCAGAGUGCGUCAGAGCGAAUUUGAUGUCAGGUUUACAAAAAUUCAAAAAUGGUUACAAACCUCUGGGUGUGCCUGUUUUGGAACCGUUUUUCAUUAAAAAAAUGGAAAUCAGUCAAGCUCCCACCAAAGCAGUAGCAGUUUCACAGAAGUACACUAACUUGUAUGUUCACGGAAUGACGAGAUCGAACGUCACUAAAAUGAA